AUGAAAGUAGUAACUUCCAAUUUUAUAACAUGUGCUGUCAAAGACUGCAAAUCCUUUCCACUUCAUUUUCGUGAUGCCAAACUUGAACUUCAGGAGCUGGAUUUUCAGGCUGAAUUCAUACAGAAUAUCAUUCCUCGGCUUGAUUGGGACAAGCUGCAGAUAACUGCUAAUGAACUUGGUUUCUCUAAUAUCUCAGACACCAAACCUAAUGAUGAUGCUUUAAACAAUGAGCAGAUUCUGAGAGACCUGCACAAACUACUCUUAGAGGUUCAGAUCAUGGAAGGGAAAUUAAUAUGUGGGGAUUGUGGCCAUGAGUACAUGAUUAAAGAGGGAAUUGCAAACUUUCUUCUACCUAGCCAUUUAGGUUUGUGA